AUGAGCAACAACAGCCUGAUUCCCUCCUAUUUUCAGUUCACUGUGUUUGCAGACUAUGGGCCCCUCAGAUAUCUUUUCUUCAGUCUCUCUCUGUUGAUCUAUGUGACUAUAAUCUCUGCUAAUCUUGUCAUUGUUCUGUCAGUCUGCCUGGAGACCUCUCUGCAUCAGCCCAUGUAUGUUUUCAUCUGCUCUCUGUGUUUAAACUCUCUGUACGGCUCGACCGGCUUCUUCCCCAGGUUCCUGAUGGACCUUCUGUCUGACACUCAUUUCAUCUCACAUCCACUCUGUUUCAUUGAGAUGUACAUUACCACCACAUAUGCAUCACAUGAAGUGACUCUCCUCACUGUCAUGGCCUAUGACAGGUUUGUUGCUAUUUGCCAGCCUUUACACUAUCACAGUAAAAUGACAUUUAGGACGGUGCUGCUGCUUUUGAUUCUCGCUGUGCUGCACCCUGUAUGGGUUUUGGGCUGCUUUUUCUAUCUGAUCAGCAGUUUGCCUUUGUGUGGAAACAAAAUGUACAGGGUUUAUUGUGCCAGCUUCUCUGUUGUGGAGCUCUCCUGUGUGGACACAACUGUGAUCCGUAUAUUAAGUACGUUUCUUGCUGUGAUAACAAUCUUGAUCCCCUUGAUCUUUGUCCUGUACACCUACCUGCGCAUUCUGCUUGUCUGCAGGAGAAGUUCAUCUGAAUUCAGAGGAAAGGCCUUACAGACCUGCCUGCCCCACAUAGUGACCUUUGGGAACUACUGCAUCUCUCUGUUCUGUGGACAGUAUAAGAUUGAUGAGGGAAAUACAUUUGUCAUCAUUGUUUUAUCUCUGGAAUUUCUGCUCAUUCCUCCCAUCAUUAACCCUCUGGUUUAUGGCCUGAAUCUGCCUCAGAUCAGAGGAGUGAUUUUUAGUUAUGUGAAGAUUCACUAA